AUGCCUCCGCUCGAUGGCCGGCCCUGCACCUCGCCGCCUCUCCUGCAGCCGCACCUCCAGACGCUUCCGCAGUCUUCGCAACCCGCAAAGCAGAGCUUCCUGCGCAAGCUGUUGACCCGUUCCGACAGCUCCAGGAGCUCCAAGUCGUCCGCAUCGUCCGUCUCCGCCAGCCAGCAGCCAGCACCUGCAUCACCACAAGCGCCUGCAGCACCCGGCUCCGGCAUCGUCAAGCGCCUGUCUCGGAGGGUCGUGCCCGGCCUGCCUCGGUCCCAGACGUUCAAGCGCCAGCUGUCCGAAAGCAGGGAGCACCUGGCCCCCGUCGAGCC